AUGUCGACGCCUUCUCUACAAACGCCGCUCUCGAAGCUCUUAGGGAUACAGUACCCUAUCAUCCUCGCUGGCAUGGCACGAACAUCCGGCGGCCCACUCGCCGCUGCCGUCUCGAACGCAGGUGGGCUCGGUGUCAUUGGAGGACUUGGCUACACGCCCGAACAAUUGCAGUCCAUCAUCGACGAUCUCAAGAGCAACCUAAACGACAAGUCACUCCCCUUUGGUGUCGACCUCGCACUCCCUCAAGUCGGUGGUAGUGCGCGUAAAACGAAUCACGACUAUACACAUGGCCAGCUCGACGACCUUAUCGAAGUCACGAUCAAGAAUGGAGCAAGAUUGUUUGUUAGUGCUGUCGGUGUACCGCCUGCGCGGACUAUCAAGAGGCUGCACGAAGCUGGCAUCUUGAUCAUGAACAUGGUUGGACACCCAAAGCAUGCGGUCAAGGCGCUAGAAGCUGGUGUAGACAUUGUGUGCGCGCAGGGCGGCGAGGGUGGUGGACACACGGGAGACAUUGCAAACAGCAUCCUCAUUCCAUCCGUCGUUGAUGUAGCCCGCAAGUACAAGUCACCACUCACCGGCCAGCCCGCCAUGGUCGUCGCAGCAGGAGGCAUCUACAACGGCCGCAGUCUCGCCAGCAGCUUAAUGCAGGGCGCGCAGGGUGUCUGGGUAGGCACACGAUUCGUCGCGUCCACAGAAGCCGGCUGCUCGAAGAUGCACAAGGAGAACGUUGUGUCGGCAGACUUCACCGACACAGGGCGAACACUGGUCGUUUCCGGGCGGCCGCUGAGAGUCAAGUACAACGACUACAUCAACGAGUGGCACUCGAGAGAAGGCGAGAUGAAGGAGUUGUUGGACAAGGGUAUUGUGCCCCUUGCCAAGGAUAUGGAUGAUGGGAAGGAUGUGGACAUCCCCUUCCUCAUGGGACAGGUUGCUGGCAUUAUCCAGGAUAUCAAGCCGGCGAAACAGAUUGUGGAUGAUAUGGUGAGCGAGGCGGUGCAUAUGCUCAAGCUUGGGCAGACGUUCAUUGAGGCCGCGCCGAUAGGGAGUAAGCUUUAA